CGUGGGUUCUGCAUCUUCCUCGCGGGUCCGAACUUUCUGUCUCUAUGAUUAGGACCCGCAAUGACCCGGCGGAUGACCUAGGGGGAAAGAAGUCUCCGUGGUGGACGCCAAUUACGAAGGGCGAGAACCAUAUCAUUAUGGAGUAUUCAGAAAUCACAGAAACAUGAGGGAAAAAAAUUUGUAAUUACCCAUUCAUCCAGGAUGUAAAUUAGCACUGCCAACCACACUUCUGCCUUCCUGGGAUCUGUAUCACUCAAAACUCUGCGCAUCCCCAGAACUAGGAGGAAAAAAUGACCAAGUUCAAGGAGGAAUUGACAUUCAAGGACGUAGCUGUGGUCUUCACUGAGGAGGAGCUGGGGCUGCUGGACUCCAUACAGAGGAAGCUGUACCGAGAUGUGAUGCUGGAGAACUUCCAGAACCUGGUCUCAGUGGGAUGUCACUCCUUCAAACAUGACAUAGUCCACUUGGAAAAAGAAAAAAGGGUUUGGAUGAUGACCGCAACCCAAAGAGAAGGGGAAUCAGGGGGAAAAAUCCAAGGUGAAAUAGAGACUGUUCCAGAAGCAGAACCACAUGAAGAGCUUUCCUGCUGGCAUAUCUGGCAACAGAUUUCCAGUGACUUAACCAGCCAUCAAGACUCCAUGAUAAAGAGUUCUCAGUUCUCCAAACAAAGUGAUCCAACCAGCCAGGUUGGGGCAGGACCGUCUAUAAAUCACACAGGCCAGAAACCUUACCAGUGUGAUGAAUGUAAAAAAUAUUUCAGUGAUGUCUCCAACUUUGAUCUUCAUCAACAAAUACACUCAGAAGAGAAGUCUCAUACAUGUGGUGAAUGUGGAAAAAGCUUCUGUUAUAGCUCAGCACUCCGUAUUCAUCAGAGAGUUCACCUGGGAGAGAAACGCUAUAAGUGUGAUAAGUGUGGUAAGGAAUUUAGUCAGAGUUCGCAUCUGCAAACUCAUCUGAAAGUCCACACUGUAGAGAAACCAUUCAGAUGUGAGCAGUGUGGGAAAGGCUUCAGUCGUAGAGCAACACUUACUGUUCAUUAUAAAUUACACUCUGGAGAGAAGCCUUAUAAUUGUGACAAAUGUGGAAGGGCCUUCAUUCAUGCUUCACAUCUUCAGGAACACCAGAGAAUCCACACUGGGGAGAAACCAUUCAAGUGUGAUAUAUGUGGGAAGAACUUCCGUCGUAGAUCAGCACUUAAUAGCCACUGUAUGGUCCACACAGGAGAGAAACCAUACAAAUGUGAGGGCUGUGGGAAGUGUUUCACUUGUAGUUCAAAUCUUCAUAUCCAUCAGAGGGUCCACACAGGAGAGAAACCAUAUAAAUGUGAAGAAUGCGGUAAAUGCUUCAUUCAGCCUUCACAAUUUCAGGCCCAUCGGAGGAUCCACACUGGAGAGAAACCAUAUGUGUGUAAAGAGUGUGGUAAGGGCUUCAUUUACAGUUCAAGUUUUCAAGCACAUCAGGGAGUUCACACAGGAGCAAAACCAUACAAAUGUGAGGAGUGUGGGAAGAGCUUCAGGAUGAAAAUCCAUUAUCGAGUUCAUCUGGUGAUCCACACAGGAGAAAAACCCUAUAAGUGUGAGGUAUGUGGGAAAGGCUUCCGUCAAAGUUCAUACCUUAAAAUCCAUCAGAAGGCCCACUGUGUGGAGAAACCAUACAAGUGUGAAGAGUGCGGACAGGGCUUCAAUCAGAGUUCACGACUGCAGAUUCAUCAGCUGAUCCACACUGGGGAGAAACCAUACAAAUGUGAAGAGUGUGGGAAGGGGUUCAGUCGUAGAGCAGACCUUAAAAUUCAUUGUAGAAUCCACACAGGAGAGAAACCAUAUAAUUGUGAGGAAUGUGGGAAGGUCUUCAGUCAGGCCUCACAUCUUCUUGCCCAUCAGAGAGUCCACAGUGGAGAAAAGCCAUUCAAAUGUGACAAGUGUGGGAAGAGCUUUGGUCGGAGUUCACACCUUCAAGCCCAUCAAAAAGUUCACACUGGGGAGAAGCCAUACAAAUGUGAGGAGUGUGGGAAGGCCUUCAAGUGGAGCUUGAAUCUUGACAUGCAUCAGAGGGUCCACACAGGAGAGAAGCCAUAUAAGUGUGGGGAGUGUGGUAAGCACUUCAGUCAGGCCUCGAGUCUUCAACUUCAUCAGAGUGUCCACACUGGAGAGAAGCCAUACAAAUGUGAUGCAUGUGGUAAAGUCUUCAGUCGCUCUUCACAACUUCAGUAUCAUGGGCGGGUUCACACUGGGGAGAAACCUUACAAAUGUGAGAUAUGUGGUAAAAGCUUCAGUUGGAGAUCAAAUCUUGUAAGUCAUUGUAGAGUCCAUGCUGGUGAUACAUUUUACAAAGAUGGAGAGAGUGCUAAGACCAUCAGAGAAUUGUCAGAGGAAAGAAAUUGUACAAAAUGAUCUCUUUUUAAAAACUUAUGUACAAUCUGAAUUAUUAUUAAGUUUUAUAGGAGGAAAAAAAAUAUUUGUUUUAGUAACCCAAAGUGGAACACAUCUAAGUUUUCAGCAGGCCAUGCAGUGGAAAAUCCUUGUACAUGGUACAGUAAGUGCUUCAUUCAGAACUCUGACAUUUAUUAUCUGUCACUUAGGAGACGGUACUUAGAAAGGAAAAGAGCUCAGUCUGGCAUUUAACAAAAGUACAGUGAUGGCCAUGCCAGAAUUGCUGCCAACUAGAAUAUAAGCUCCAUGAGGGCAGGGACUUGGCUGCCAAGUCUGCACUGACUCUUCUAGAUGUACUCAGUACUUACAUGUUAAAUAAGCCAAAAAGAGAAAACACACAAUAUAUGAAAUAUUUAGAGGAAGAGACCUGCCAAAUAAAAUUCAGGGAAAUGAACAUUUGUCAAAAUACAGAAAGCCACUCAGUAUUCACAUCCACAAUAUUAAUAUGGUACUCCACUAUUGCAACUGACUUCCCUCUUCCCCACAGCGUCUGUUCUCAAGUUGAGUGAUUAUUUGGGGCCCUGUCUAGUUUUCCAAGGAUUGUGUACAGUGUAAUUUGAGUAUCUUUGGUUUCUCUGACAGUACAAACUGAAAAAGUUUUUUAACUUUACAAGAAGUUAAAAAGCAUGUUACAACAUUGAUUUUUAUCUAUCAAUGUUAAGAUGGGUUUGCUCUUAACACUUUGAAAGUAUCACCAAUGUCAGUUUUCUUAACCUUGAAUUUAUUGUUGAUUUCUAAUUCUGUGCAUUUCCAUCCUGACUUUGAAAUGUUUGUCUUCUAUUUACUGUAGCAUUUCUUUUAUCAAAACUUCUGAGGUAGGGUCUAUGCUAUCUUCUCCCCUCACACCCAUGAUACAAAUACCAAAAAAACUAGUAGGAAUUUAUAAUUAAAUUACAUGUAAAUAUUGAGACAAGACUGACAUGUAUAUGCUCUUCCCUAAUGGUAGCAGUAAAACAUGGUUUUGGGAAAGGAAUAUAUAUCAGAAUAUAGGUUGUACAUCUCUUUAAUCUGGAAGUCCUAUGAUGGAAGUUCUGAUUAUAAGAUGAAAAUGCCAAGAAGAUGAGCAACACAUCAAUGAUGUCAUUGAACUAUUUAAAGUGGAAAUAAGCAUGCAUCUAUAGGAGCUUGAAUUUUGAUAUAUUCCUAUAUUAAUCUGAGGCCAUUUAAAUUAUGACAGAUAAUCUGUAAGGACAGGAUAAAUGCAUAAUAUGGGCUUUGAGAAAUCAUAGAUGCUCACCUUCAUAGCAUAAUCAAAAAUUUUUGUAUGUGUGUAUUUGCACAUGCAUGUAUAUGUGAGAGUGUUUCUGAAUAAGAAUAGCAUUUGAUUCAGCUAACUCAGUAGAUUACCUAACCCAGUGUGGGUGAGCAUGAACCAAUCUGUUGAGGACUUGAGUCGAACAAAAAAAGGGAAAGAAUUCCUUUUAUUCAAUUUAUUAGGGUGAUGUUGGUUUGCAAAACCAUACAAGGUUCAAGGGUAAACCCAAUAAAAAAACAUU